UUUGUUCUUUCCACCGUCUUCUUCACAACAACGAGCUAAAGCCCUAGGAGUCUAAUCUGACACUGACAUUAUAAAAAAGCAUCUCUUUUUUUUGAUUUCUUCAACACAAGGUAAGCCACUCAAAAACCCAUCUCCUCAAAAUCCUUUCCUCUUCGUUUCCAGUUCCAAAAUUCUCAAAAAAUCCCGUGAGGAAACAACAGGGUUUAUGCAGUAAAUUGAUAUUGGGGGGUUUUGACUAUGGAUGAUCUUGAGAAGGCAAUACUGAUUAGUUUUGAUGAAUCGGGUACGUUAGAUUCGGGACUGAAGUCUCAGGCAGUGACUUUUUGUCAACAAGUUAAAGAGAACCCAUCGAUAUGUAGCAUUUGCAUUGAGAAAUUGUGCUUUUGCGAGCUGUUUCAGAUUCAGUUUUGGUGUUUACAGACUUUACAUGAAGUUAUAAAGGUUAAAUAUGGGUCCAUGAGCUUUGAGGAGAAGAGUUAUAUUCGAAAGUCGGUGUUUUCAAUGGCGUGUUUUGAGGCUUUUGAUGAUAAGUGUACUGUUAGGGUUCUAGAGAGUCCUGCAUUUAUUAAGAACAAGCUUGCUCAGGUUUUUGUCACUUUGAUUUACUUUGAAUACCCUUUAAUUUGGUCAUCUGUGUUUCUUGAUAUUCUGCCUCACCUGAGCAAAGGGGCGGUGGUAAUUGAUAUGUUUUGUCGGGUUUUGAAUGCAUUGGAUGAUGAGUUGAUUAGUAUGGAUUACCCCAGAACCCAAGAAGAGGUGGCAGUGGCAGGGCGGGUCAAGGAUGCAAUGAGGCUGCAGGGUAUAGCUCAGAUUGUUAAAGCCUGGUAUGACAUAGUUUCUACUUAUAAGAAUUCUGAUCCAGAACUUUGCACUACUGUUUUGGAUUGUACAAGGAGAUACAUUUCGUGGAUUGAUAUUGGGUUGAUUGUGAAUGAAGUUUUUCUCCCACGAUUAUUUGAGUUAAUAUUGGUUAAUGGCCCACCAGAGCAACUCCGUGGUGCUGCAGCUGGGUGUGUUUUGGCUGUAGUUUCUAAGCGAAUGGAUCCACAAGCAAAACUAUCCCUUUUAAAAAAUCUUCAAAUAAGUCGGGUUUUUGGUUUGAUAUCUGAGGAUAAUGAUCCUGAGUUUGUCUCAAGUAUAGCAGCAAUGCUUACUGGGUAUGCGGUGGAGGUUCUAGAUUGCUCAAAACGGUUGGUCUCAGAAGAUGCUAAGGUUGUUUCCAUUGAGCUCUUAGAUGAAGUUUUGCCAACUGUUUUUUAUGUCAUACAGAAUUGCGAGGUGGAUGCAACAUUCAGUAUUGUCCAAUUUCUUUCUGGAUAUGUUAGCAAUAUGAAGACGCUGUCUCAGUUGCGUGAUCAACAAUUGUUUCACAUUAGUCGGAUAUUGGAAGUGAUUCUUACACAAAUUCGAUAUGAUCCCACAUUUCGCAAUAAUCUAGAUGUGUUGGAUAAGAUUGGUGUGGAAGAGGAAGACAGAAUGCUGGAGUUUAGGAAGGAUUUGUUUGUGUUGCUACGGAAUGUGGGUCGAGUGGCACCUGAGAUUACUCAGUGUUUUAUCAGAAAUUCAUUGGCUAGUGCUGUUGCAUCUUCGUCAGACAGGAAUGUGGAAGAGGUAGAAGCUGCGCUUUCCCUUUUGUAUGCACUUGGAGAGUCAAUGAGUGAUGGGGCAAUGAGAGCAGGAAUCUUAGGUGAACUAGUGACAGAGCUUCUUUCAACACGUUUUCCCUGCCAUUCUAAUAGGCUGGUUGCCCUAGUGUACUUGGAGACAAUAGCAAGGUAUAUGAAAUUUGUUCAGGAGAAUACCCAAUAUAUACCUUCAGUUCUGGCUGCUUUUCUUGAUGAAAGAGGCAUAUAUCAUCCCAAUAUCCAUGUGAGUCGUAGGGCAAGUUAUUUGUUCAUGAGGGUUGUGAAAUUGCUAAAAUCAAACCUUGUGCCAUUCAUAGAAAUGAUCUUGCAGAGCUUGCAAGAUGUAGUUGCUCGUUUUACCAGUAUGAAUUUUGGAUCAAAGGAACUUUCAGGGUCUGAAGAUGGUACUCACAUUUUUGAGGCAAUCGGCCUAUUGAUUGGGAUGGAAGAUGUGCCACUUGAAAAGCAAUCUGAUUAUCUAUCUUCAUUGCUUGCUCCUCUCUGUCGACAGGUUGAGACUUCUUUGAUGAAUGCAAAAGUGUUGAGCCCAGAAGAGUCACCUGCAAAAAUAGCUAAUAUCCAGCAAAUAAUUAUGGCAAUUAAUGCACUAAGCAAGGGCUUCAGCGAGCGUCUUGUGACUGCUAGCCGCCCUGCAAUUGGUGUAAUGUUUAAGCAGACUUUGGAUGUUCUCGUUCAAAUUCUUGUUAUAUUUCCAAAGGUAGAGCCCUUGCGGAGCAAGGUCAUGUCGUUUAUACACCGUAUGGUAGACACCUUGGGAGCAUCUGUAUUUCCAUUUCUUCCAAAGGCAAUGGAGCAAUUGCUUGCAGAGAGUGAGCCAAAAGAGAUGGUUGCCUUUCUCUUGUUACUCAAUCAGCUGAUUUGCAAAUUCAACACAUUAGUCUGGGACAUAUUGGAAGAAGUAUUUCCUGUUAUUGCUGGUAGGGUAUUCAGUGCUAUUCAAAGGCUCGCUGGUUCAGUACCUGAAACCAACACUGAGGAAUUCCGAGAAUUACAAGAGCUUCAGAAGGCAUUGUAUACUUUCCUUCAUGUGAUAACUACACAUGAUCUGUCUUCAGUUUUUCUUUCCCCUAAAAGUAGGGACUAUUUGAAUCCUAUGAUGCAUAUGCUGUUACAUGCAUCAUGCCAUCAUAAGGAUAUCCUUGUGAGAAAGGCUGGUGUACAGAUAUUUACUAGAUUAAUUAAAGACUGGUGUACUGGUCCUUAUGGUGAGGAAAAGGUACCUGGUUUCCGAAGUUUCAUAAUGGAUGCCUUUGCGACAAACUGUUGUUUGUACAGUGUGCUUGACAAAUCCUUCGAGUUUGGUGAUGCAAAUACUGUAACCUUGAGAUAAUUAAGGAAUCAAGUUGUUUAGAUGUAAAUUUAAACAAAUAAAGUUGCUGUACCCUUUACACAAUUUUACUCUUAAUAGUAUUGUUUUAUUUUGUUAUAAUCAUACUUACUAGAACCACUCUUAUCAUGUUGAUUCACCAUGAUAGUUUUGGAAAUUUUUGUGAUUGGCAUGGUGAAUGAAGCUGCUGAAGUUACCCAUUUUAGAAAAUUUCUGUUUAUUUUAGCAUGUUCACGUAUAGUCUAGAAGAAGAGAUAGAGAAAUUAGUGUUGGUGGUUCUUUGAAACCUUUUCCUUUUUAUCAUUUGCUUGAUGCUUACUCUGAAACUUUUUCCUGAUCUGCUCUUAAGCUUCUGUUAUUUGGAGAAAUUGUGAUGGUUCAGAAGGUGAUGUAUGAGAAGUUUGGGGAUGAUUUUCUUGCUCAUUUCAUUUCAAAAAGCUUUCCACCUGCACACUGCCCCCAAGAUCUGGCAGUUCAGUAUUGUCAAAAGUUGCAGAUUAUUAUAUUGAUAUUCCCUACAUGAUUAUUGUCAGUAAAUAAAAAGCUUAUUUAGUCCAUGACAUUAGGAUGGAAACCUUUAACAGUGAUUCUAUCCAACUCACUCUGUGCUUUGCUCAAUUCACACUUUACUGUAUCAAAGUGAUCUUGAAAAUAAAAUAAUGGCAUUUUCAUUCUGCUGGAAUGUUGGUCAUGUUUAUGUUACCCCAGAUCAAACCUUGCUCAAGAUUGUACAAUCUAUAUGGGCUUGGCUCAUAACAAGCUGUGGUUGUAUGUAUCUGCAGGGUGGUGAUAUCAAGGCUUUAAGGUCAUUUUACCAGUCACUUAUUGAAAGCUUAAGAGUCCAACAAAAUGGAAGCAUUGUCUUCAGAUAGCAGCACCUUGGUGGUCAAAUGGCAUUCUUCCUGAUACUUCAUUACUUCAUGCCCUUUAGAUGGUGCAGCAAUUCUUAUAUUCUGUUCACUACAGGUUUGUUUAUGUAAAUAUCGUUUUGUAUGCCUAUUCCAAGAACACUGAGUUGUAUAUUUCCGGAAGCCAGUUUUUUGUGGAGAAGAAGUUGGUUAAUUGGUUAACCGCUAUCAAAUCCUAGUUUCAAUUUCCCAAGUGGACUCAGCGUUUCUGGGAGAGAUGUUUAUAGGUUUUUCGUCAGCCUUUUUAAUUCAGUUAUCUCGGUUCGUUUAAAUCUUCAUUAUUUUUUGAAGUGUGCAACGGGUGUGCGUGACCAUUUUUCACAUUUUGUCACCCUACUGCUUUCCAAGCCAUAUUCGGUUGAAAAGUAACUAUGAAUGUGAUUUCUAUUCUUCCCCUUUGACAGAAAUAAAGAACAUUAGGGUAUAUAUGUCUUGUGUUGUUUACAGUCUCAUCUUUUGGAAGUAAAAGCGAAAAGUGAAAACUAAGAGCUCAUGAUAUGUAAA